CUCAGGUCAAGAUGUCUGCAGCCAGAACAGUUGGCAAAGAGAAAGAGGAGGACAGCCCAGAUAAGUGGAUUAUGCUGUGGCGAUUUCUGUGUAAACCCCAUUGUGACAAUUCCACAGGGAAUUUGAAGCUGUGUCCCAUAAACUGGCUGCUUCAUGAAAACAAGUGCUAUUGGAUCUCAAGUGAAAAGCAAACCUGGAAUAAGAGCAGGAAUGAGUGCAGAGCCAAAGAUUCUAAAAUUGUGAUGUUAAAAGAACAGACAGAACUGCACUUCAUACAGCGCAUCACCCACGGGGCACAACUAUUGUGGAUCGGACUGUCUGUCAAUUCUACUAGCCGUGAAUGGUUGUGGGUCGACAAUUCCCCAUUAAAUAAAACAUUGCUGCCGAUCACAAGUGAGACUCAAGAAAACAGCUGUGGGAUGCUGAAGGGGCAGAAAGUCAUCUCAGAAUCUUGCAGUGCUGUAACCAGGUGGAUCUGCGAGACAGCACCUCUGCUGAUGUAAAUAACAGAA